AUGAAGAUUGAGGACGAGAAUGACGUACUCGAUCUGCAGCCAAGAACUUCGUUGGGUGCUGCCUCAUCAAAACCUACUCUCAGUGGCGAGGAGAUCAUCAAGAUGGUGGGUCUUGAUAAUGAACUCGAGGAGAUCAGGACUCGUCUGAUUAAGGGAUCAUCACAACUUCAAAUUCUCUCCAUUCUCGGGAUGGGUGGAAUCGCAGCGACGACCACUGCAUCCAGUCUUAGAGUGGACGCCACCGGAUGUUGGGAACGAGAGCGUUUGGAACAGGAAGGGUCAAAUCCCCGGCAGCAGCGUGGAGAAGGGAGGGAGAAGGUGGAGAAGGGGAGGGAGGUGUCGCGGCAGCGUGGAGAGAAUCGCCAGCAGCGGCGGCAUGGAGAGGGAGAGGAACGAGAAUCAAAGAAGAAGGGAUGA